CCGUCAUACUUUAGUGCCAAUGCCAGACAUAACUAAAUAUAAUUAAUGCAUAUGGAAAUAAACAAAAUAUUAUUAAGUGAAUGCUAGUUGUAACUGUGUAUUUGUCACUAAGAUAAAAAUGUCUUUAUCAAGUAUUUUACCAGCUCCUUCGAGACCCGCUUGGGAUCGAGAUGAACAAAGACGCAUACAAGCACCACCCGUGGGUGCCCUUGUUUCAGCAAGAAUUGCUGCGCCUCCUUAUGGACAAAGGAGAGGUUGGGUUCCACGACAAGAACAAGAUUUUGGAGAUGGCGGAGCUUUUCCAGAAAUUAUGGUGGCACAAUACCCAUUAGGUAUGGGAGCGCCUAAUAGUAACAAAGGUACUUCGAAUGCAUUGGCAGUGCAACUUGAUCAAUCGGGGAAGAUUAAAUAUGAUGCAAUUGCUAGACAAGGGCAUUCUAAGGAUAAAAUUGUGUAUUCGAGUUUAAGUGCUUUAUUACCUGCAGAAGUACUUAAUGAUGAUGCACCAGAAUUACAAAAGCCAGAUGAAGAAACUAUUAAGGAAAAUAUGGAAAAAACACGAUUGGCACUAGAAAAAAUCACUAGUGCUAAAAUUCAAGCUGCUAUGCCAGUACGUGCUGCUGAUAAACAAGCACCAGCACAAUAUAUAAGAUACACACCUUCGCAGCAAGGCGAUCAGUUUAAUUCUGGAGCAAAACAACGUGUUAUAAGAAUGGUUGAGGCUCAAGUUGAUCCAAUGGAACCCCCUCGGUUCAAAAUAAAUAAAAAGAUUCCAAGAGGUGCUCCAUCUCCACCUGCACCUGUAUUGCACAGUCCUUCAAGGAAAGUAUCAGUUAAAGAACAACGUGAAUGGAAAGUUCCUCCCUGUAUAUCUAAUUGGAAGAACGCCAAAGGUUACACAAUACCCUUGGAUAAGCGUUUGGCUGCUGAUGGCAGAGGCUUACAGCAAGUUCAUAUCAACGAAAAUUUUGCUAAAUUAGCAGAAGCUUUAUAUAUUGCUGAUAGAAAAGCCCGUGAAGCUGUCGAAAUGAGAGCUCAACUUGAGAAGAAAUUAGCUCAAAAAGAAAAAGAAAAGAAAGAAGAUAGUUUACGUCAACUUGCUCAAAGAGCUCGUGAAGAAAGAGCUGGUAUCAGGCAAAUUGAUCCUGCUGGUGAAACAGUCAUUCCAAGUGAAAUGAAAGAACGAGAUGAAUUAAGAGCUGAAAGGCACAGAGAGAGAGCUAGAGAAAGAAAUUUGGCCAGAGCUGGUGCUGAGAAAAGGGGUAAACUGCAACGAGAGAGGGAACGAGAUAUUAGUGAACAGAUUGCCUUGGGUCUUCCUGCAAAAACUAUUGCGGAGGGAGGACAGUUUGAUCAAAGAUUAUUCAAUACUACAAAGGGAAUGGACUCAGGUUAUGGAGAUGAUGAGCAAUACAAUGUAUAUGAUAAACCAUGGAGGGAUGCAAACUCUAUUGGUUCUCACAUAUAUCGACCCAGCAAAAACAUUGAUCAAGACAAUUAUGGUGGAGAUCUUGAAAAAAUUGUUAACACAAAUAGAUUUGUCCCAGAUAAAGAUUUUAGUGGUGUGGACAGAUCAGGUCCAUCAGCACCAAGAAGUGGACCAGUGCAAUUUGAAAGAGAAGAGGAUCCAUUCGGUUUGGAUCAGUUCUUGAACCAGGCCAAGAGAGCCCCCAAGGCACAAAAGCCUGAUGAGCACAAUGAUGAUAGUAAAAGAAGGCGAAGAGAUUAAAUUCUGAAGUUUUUUGAAACCACUCAAAUUUGUUAGCUAAUAUUUGAAUAUUCGUCUUGACAAUUACAUUUAAGUGUAUACUAGACAAAUACAAAUUUUGUACUGUUUUACAGUUUACCUCACAUUAUUGUACUUUAAAUCACAUGUGAAAAGUACUUCCAAUCCGCAUUCUAUCUUU